CCUUUCUGUUUGCCGUCUGCUCUUACUGGUAUAGUCUAUGGCUGUUUGGGUUUGUCCACAGUAUAGAGCCACGGCAAAGUGUAAAUCAUGCGUGCCUCUGUCUCCCUAACGUGUGUUUUCUUUUUUCUUUGACAAAAAUAUGUGAAUUACUACGAAAGUAUGGUGUUAACUUUUUUGCUCGCGUCUCUGCGAUCCAUCACACUUUUUCUCGUUUGGGCGACUGUGUUUAGUGUCCAAUGUGCCGAGGAUAAAAUUGUCACUAAUGGUGAUGUAAUAUUUGGGGGGCUGUUUCCAAUGCAUGAAAAGGGUCAAAAUGGUUUGGAUUGUGGUCGUAUCAAAAAGGAAAAGGGUAUUCAACGUAUGGAAGCUAUGUUGUUCGCUGUUGACAAAAUAAACAAGGACGUGUCACUGUUCCCGGGUUUACGGGUCGGAGUUCAUAUUCUCGACACGUGCAGUCAUGAUACCUAUGCUCUAGAACAAAGCAUGGACUUCAUCAAAGCACAAUUAAAUAUGAUAGGUCAUGAGGAUUAUCAAUGCAAUAACGGCGAAAUGCCAGUUUCAAGAAAAUUACGUCCCGUGGCUGGAGUGAUUGGGGCAGCCUCAAGCCCGGUGUCAAUUAUGGUCGCAAAUGUCUUAAGGUUAUUUAAGAUUCCACAAAUAAGUUAUUCUUCCACUAGUGUCGAUUUGAGUGACAAAUCGCGAUUUGAAUACUUCUCCAGAGUUGUGCCCCCUGAUACCUAUCAGGCUCAAGUAAUGGUGGAAAUUGCAAAGUCUUUUAAGUGGGAUUACGUUAAUACUUUAGCAGACGAAGGGAAUUAUGGAGAAAGGGGAAUAGGAAAAUUUGAAGAAAUUGCAAAACAAUCGGGGGUGUGUGUAUCUAGGUCGCUCAAGAUACCACGAUCAGUAAACGAUACAACAUUUAUAAAUUUAAUACAUGAACUUCUUAAAUCAAAUAAUACGGCUAAGGCCGUUGUGAUGUUUGUUAACGAAGAUAAUUGUUGGAGAAUUCUGCAAGCCAUGAAAAAGUUAAACAAGACCGGAGAGUUCUCAAUUCUUGCUAGUGAUAGUUGGGGCGCCAAAGUACACCCCGUCCUGCACCAAGAAGAAGUUGCUGAAGGAGCGGUAACUCUUUUGCCUAAACGCCGAGUAAUAACAGAUUUUGAUAAUUAUUUUAGAAAUUUAACUAUAUAUAAUAAUAAUCAACGAAAUCCCUGGUUUCGUGAAUAUUGGGAAGAAAUCUUCAAUUGUAGUCUUACUAAUCAACCUAAGAAGAGACGGUGUACAGGAUCAGAAAGUCUCUGGAGUUCUGACGUGAAUUAUAAACAAGAGGGUCUGGUACAAUUUGUUAUUGACUCUGUAUAUGCUCUAGCUCAAGGUGUGCAUGAUAUGUUGGCUUACGACUGUCCAGGGACACACCGAAACUUUUCUCGGUGCCUUAAAAACAGACCUUUGGCCGGAGAGGAAUUGUUACGAUUUAUUCGCAACGUCAAUAUCAAUGGUUCAAACGGGGACCCAGUGGUCUUUGACGCAAACGGUGAUGGUAUAAGAAAUUAUGAUGUAUUCCAGUUUCAAAGAUUACCGAGUGGUAUUUAUGAAUAUGUUAGAAUUGGGGAAGGAAUAUUUACUGGAAAUUUUAGUCUAACUUUAAACGAAACGGCUCUGAACUGGAAUAAAAUUCCACGAUCUAUCUGCAGUGACCCCUGCACAUUCGGACAAGCCAAAAAACAAAAUGGUGGUUGCUGCUGGAUGUGUGUUCCAUGUCAAGAAAACGAAUAUCUUCAGGAUGAGAACACGUGUGUAGCUUGUCCUAUUGAUGCUCGACCAAACGUGAAUAAAACAGAGUGCCAAAAGCUGCCAGAGUUUCAUUUGGAACCAUCUAGUCUAUGGUUUAUCCUGCCUGUUGCAUUUUCCGGCUUUGGGAUUUUGUGUACAGGGGCCGUUUUGGUGAUCUUCAUUCAUUACAACAAAACACCGGUUAUCAUGGCGUGCGGACGUGAAUUGUGUUACUUGUUACUUCUGGGAAUAUUCCUUUCUUACGGAACAUCUUUUGUAAUGCUGGCUAAGCCUUCUGUUAUAAUGUGUGCACUGCGUCGUUUGGGGUUGGGUGUAUCUUUGUGUUUUAUUUACGCCGCUCUGCUGACAAAGACCAAUCGUAUCUAUAGGAUAUUUAACAGCGGUAUCAAAGCGAUGGUAAAAAGACCAGGAUACACGAGUCCUAAAUCUCAGAUAUUAAUCUGUAUCUGCAUUGUAUCAGUGCAAGUAAUUGGGGGCUUAACUUGGUUAGGAUUUGAAAAGCCCUCGACUGUGAAAAUUUAUGAACAAAACGAUUACAUUGUGCUGAAAUGCAAAUCCAGUCAAAUAGCAACAAUAAUGUCACUUUCGUACAAUAUAUUUUUAAUUGUUUUAUGCACCGUUUAUGCUUUCAAGACAAGGAAAAUACCACAAAAUUUCAACGAAGCGAAAUAUAUCGCCUUCACUAUGUACAGUACAUGUAUUGUGUGGCUCGCUUUCAUUACAAUUUAUUUUGGAGCUAAUCACGACUUUAAGAUCGAGAUCAUCUCCUUGUGUAUGUGUGUUAGUAUUAGUGCGACGACAGCACUGUUUUGUCUUUUUGCUCCAAAGGUGUAUAUAGUAUUAUUACAACCCCAUAAAAAUGUCCGCCAAGCGGCGUCCACGUCGAUUCAAAGUGCCAAUAACAAAAACAAUAGUCGAUCAUACGGGGUGACGUUGGCGUUACCCCUUCCGUCGGGGAUCAUUGUGCAAAACGGAACAGUCCACAAAGAAGUGGUGCAAACGGACAAUGCUGUAUUCUCAGACAGUAUGGAGGAUACGUCCUCCUGUGACGAAGGCGUUGCAAUGCAAGUACCCACAGUAAAUGAUAUUAAUUCUUCAUAAACUGAUGAUGUCUUCCUUGUCACCGUUUUAUGUGUACUAGUUUAUACGUAUCUAGCAGAUGAAUGAAUAGUGAAAAGUGAGAAUGAAGCGGGUAUAUAAUAAUAUUGAUAAAAGAUAUUUGUACGGUUAUGGUUGUAUUAAUAAGCAAAUAAAAUCUAACAUAAUA